GCGGCACACAGUCCAAGUGGAAAUUAGUAAAAGAUUCGUGGCCGGACCGUUUCCAACAAGUGCGCAAUCACAGGAAAGGAAAAUUUCACGCUUACGGAAAAUUAAACAUUUGCAUCGAUUUUGUGUGGGACGACAGUCCGUCGGCAAUUUGUAGAUUGCAUUGAAGGGUGAAUAAACGCGAGUGUGCUGAAUGUGAUAAUAAGUACAUACAUAGUUAUAUUUUUUGUGAUCCAAGAGCAUUCUUGAAAUCGGAGGCAAAUCUUCCACUUAACUUCGACAAAGUGCAACGCGUUAGCCAGAAGGCGAUAUCCAAACCAAAGAUAAUAACUACAGCAAGACCAGCGAACAGCGUGCAAGGAGAGCUACAUUUGUACAUAGAAGAAGAAAAGUGAGAUUGAGAGCACAACGAAAGUCGAAGAAAGGAGCCAAAAAGUAAUUUUAGAAACGGAGUGCAAUAUUUGGCUGGUGGGCUGGAUGACAUCCCAAAAACACAAAUAACAAAAACUGACUUAUUAGCUGCGCUAGUGCACAAACCAAAACCUCCUAUAGGUAAAUCCCUACACCUUUUCUAUUGAAAUGUUUGAACGGAGGCAAGGCUCAGCGAUUACACAAAUUUCGAAACUUUUGCCAAUAUGUUUCCUAAUAUGUUCACUGGCCAUUGGUUGUACCAAUUCCGAGGUGUAUACGGCGUUGGCAGAGAUGGAGGAACUUCUUGAGACUGAAUCGGUAUUAAUAACCAAUUUAGAGGGUUAUCUCAAAGUGCAACAACAAAAGUUGGACUACCUCAAAACUAAGCUGGGUGAAUACCAAAGAGAACACGAGGACGCAGCCGCGGAUAUGUCCGCCUACGUCUCAAAUCCAAUAAACGCUUACCUGCUGACAAAACGACUGACCACCGACUGGCGACAAGUGGAGAAUUUAAUGGCGCACGAUGUAGGCGUCGAGUUUCUGAAUAACAUCACGAAUUACCGUCACAUACUGAAAUUUCCAUCCGAUGAAGAUUUGAAUGGAGCUGCAGUAGCGUUGAUGCGGCUGCAGGACACCUACAAACUGGACACAUCGAGUGUGGCGCGUGGCAUGCUUAAUGGCAUACAAUACAGCACGGCAAUGUCUUCAGAUGACUGCUUUGAGUUGGGACGCCAAUCGUACGUCAAUCAUGACUACUAUCACACCGUACUCUGGAUGAGUGAGGCAAUGACUCGACUCCAAGAGGAACCUCAGAAUCAAACUCAAACCUUUACGCGGGCCGAUAUUUUGGAAUACCUCGCAUUUUCCACAUAUAAACAAGGCAACGUGGAAAGAGCGCUUACGAUGACUAAUGAACUAUUGGAACUAACACCCGACCAUGAACGCGCCAGAGGCAAUAAGGUAUUUUACGAAAAGGAGAUAGCUGAACUCCAAGCUGAACGCAAAGUCAAAGGUGACGAUGGUAGCGAGAGUACACCUGUCUCUGAUUUGCCGAUUGCCAAGGGUGAUCCCAGUGAUUAUACCUUUAGCGAACGCAAAGCAUACGAAAUGCUUUGUCGUGGUGAAUUGAAGCUGACCCCAGCGGAUUUGCGACCACUCCGAUGCCGUUAUGUUAACAAUAAUGUGCCCUUCCUGCGCUUGGCGCCACUCAAACUCGAAGAAGCCUUUUUGGACCCUUAUAUUGUGAUCUACUAUGACGUAAUGCAUGACAAGGAAAUUGAAUUGGUUAAGAAACUGGCGCGUCCUCGAUUCCGUCGCGCUACCGUCCAGAAUGCGGUGACCGGCGAAUUGGAAACCGCUAAUUACCGUAUCAGCAAAUCGGCAUGGAUACGCACAGAGGAGCAUAAGAUCAUUGAAAACAUUGUACAACGAACAGAGGAUAUGACGGGUUUAGAUAUGAGUGUGGCGGAGGAAUUACAGGUGGUGAAUUAUGGCAUUGGAGGCCAUUAUGAGCCGCAUUUUGAUUUCGCAAGAAGGGAUGAAAUUCGUGCCUUCCAAGGGCUCAACACUGGCAAUCGUAUCGCAACGGUGUUGUUCUACAUGAGUGACGUGGAACAAGGUGGUGCCACAGUCUUUACAAACUUACGCAUUGCUUUGUCGCCCAAAAAAGGAUCAGCGGCCUUCUGGUACAACCUGCACAGGUCCGGUGAAGGUGAUUUCAGAACGCGUCAUGCGGCCUGCCCUGUUCUAACUGGCUCUAAGUGGGUCUCGAACAAAUGGAUACAUGAACGCCAACAAGAAUUUCGUCGACCUUGUGGUCUGGAACCUGACCACGGCGAAUUUGCAAUUUAAUUCCAUUUAAAGAAAAACCAGCAAGCGGAAGUAUGCGUACGAGUAUUUAAAACUUGAUAAGCAUUCAAAGUUGUUACCUAAGAGUUUUAACUUUUUGAAGUCGUACGAAGCUUUAUGUUUAUAUUUGACCGUUUACAUGUCGGCCAUAACUUUGUAUUUUCUACAUUGUUACUGUUAGGGCAUUCAAAUUGAAACUGUUAUCGGCAACUGUUUGCACAUUUAGAAACGCUAUGAAAAAAUCGACUCAGAAAUUCGGUAUGCCAUUUUGUAAAUGUCGCGUUUUUUCUAAAAUUAGUGAAAUUCAAUUUUAUAAUUGUUAAGCUCUUUUUUAUUCCACUUACAUAAGUACAUAUGUAUAUUUGUACUAUUCUGUUUGUACAUGCGUAGAUAUACAUACAUACAUAUGUAUAUGUAUGUAUUUAUUUAUCUUAUAAAGGUUUUUUAAUAUAAAAAAAAAAUGUUAAAUUAAAAACGAGUUUUGCAAUAUAUUUAUAUGUAUACA